AAUCUUACAAUUUAUUUUCAAUAUUAUUAUUAUUUUUAUUUUCUCCUUUACAGAGACAGACAAUCAGACAAGGACGUCUUUGUUAGUCUUUCACUCGAAUGAGAUUGGAAACAAGAGGACUUUAAAACCCAAGAAUCAAAGGAGGAAGCUUUAUCAUUCUUCUCAUCAAUGGUGGCUGGCAAAAUGAGACUAGCAAUGGGUCUAACAAAAUCACCAGCCCAUUCAAAAAAACCGGCUGAAACGCUACCCCCACCAUCUCCUUCACCGAGCUCCGGCGCCAAGCUUACUCCGAAAACAGCUUUCUCACGAUCCUUCGGCGUUUACUUCCCAAGAUCGUCUGCACAGGUUCAGCCGAAGCCACCGGACGUUACGGAGCUUAUACGCCUCGUUGAAGAGCUCCGGGAGCGAGAGUCCCGGUUGAAGACCGAGCUUCUUGAGCAUAAGCUCUUGAAGGAGACCGUUGCCAUCGUUCCCAUGCUUGAGGCUGAGAUCUCAAACAGAGAAGCAGAGCUCGAAAAAGCUUCGAAAAGAAUCGAGGGUUUGGAGGUAGAGAAUGGUGAGUUGAGAAAAGAGGCAGAGGAAAUGAAAAUUAAGUUGGAGGAAGAGAGAAGCGAGAACGAGAGUAAGGUGAAGAAGAUGGAAGCUGAAAUGGCUGAGUUGAUCAAGAAAACAACAUCAGUACCGUUGGAUCGUAGCAGAGGAGCUCAAGCUCACGAGUUCUUGGUUGAAAGUGAUGAGCUUUCGUCUUCACAGAGGUUUCAGGGAUUAAUGGAGGUCUCAGUUAAGUCCAAUCUGAUCAAGAGCUUGAGAAAGGGAGUGAGGUCUUUAGAAGUCAACAUUAACCACCACGAGAGUCAACAAAAGAUGGAAGCUUUAGAGUCGAAGAGAGAAGCAGAAGCUGUUGAGAGUGAGAGACCGAGACACUCGAGGUGUAACUCGGAGGAACUCGCGGAGUCAUCCUACUCAGUUAUCACCAACAUCAGAUCUCGGGUACCCAGAGUUCCAAAACCACCUCCAAGGCCAACAUUGUCAUUACCAUCGUCAUCUUCAUCAUCUCCGGCGACUUCACCCACCGGAGCAUCAUGUGCCACUAACCCAACAUUAGAAAACAGACCCCAAACGGACCAAGUCCUUGCGCCACCACCUCCACCCCCACCGCCCACGAAGUCAGUUCCAGCUCCACCGCCUCCUCCGCCACCCUCGAAAACAGCAAAAGCUCCGCCACCGCCGCCUCCGCCGCCAAAGGGUUUGAAGCCAAUGCCGGCGAAAGUCAGAAGAGUACCAGAAGUGGUGGAGUUUUACCACUCCCUCAUGAGGAGGGACUCCCGAAAAGAAUCUAACGUUGCAGAUGCACCGGCAACCGCCAAUGCCCGUGACAUGAUCGGCGAGAUUGAGAACCGGUCUGCCUACUUGCUCGCUAUAAAAACCGACGUGGAAACACAAGGCGAUUUCAUUAGGUUUUUGAUCAAAGAAGUUGAGAAUGCUGCGUUUACAGACAUUGAGGAUGUUGUACCUUUUGUCAAAUGGCUCGACGAUGAGCUAUCCUACUUGGUGGACGAAAGGGCUGUGCUGAAGCACUUUGAGUGGCCGGAGCAAAAGGCUGAUGCGCUGAGAGAGGCUGCGUUUGGGUACUGCGAUCUUAAGAAGCUCGUGUCCGAUGCGUCGUCGUUUCGUGACAAUUCUCGCCAGCCAUGUAGUUCGGCUCUUAAGAAGAUGCAGGCUCUAUUCGAAAAAUUGGAGCAUGGUGUUUAUAAUCUUUCGAGAAUGAGAGAGUCUGGGACAAAGAAAUACAAAAGUUUUCGAAUCCCCACGGAUUGGAUGCUUGACUCUGGAUAUGUCACCCAGAUCAAGCUGGCAUCAGUAAAGUUGGCAAUGAAGUACAUGAAGAGAGUAUCUGCAGAGCUUGAAUCGGUUGGUGAAAUCGGUGGUGGCCCGGAAGAGGAAGAGCACCUUAUAGUCCAAGGUGUUAGAUUUGCCUUCCGUGUUCACCAGUUUGCUGGAGGGUUUGAUGUGGAGACAAUGAGGGCAUUCCAGGAGCUAAGAGACAAGGCCAGAAGUUGCCAAAACCAGCAACAACCCAAACUUGUAUGCAGCUCUACUACUACUACUACUCUUUCCCCAACCUAAAUCAAAAACCCAUUUCUGUAGCAAACUCAGCUUCAGAAACUGAUCUGAUCUGUUCAUGUUCAUGAUUAUUAUUCUUAUUUUUUGUUGUAAAAAAAAAAAAUAUUUAGAAGAAUAUUAUUGUGUUUUGUGAAUAUAAAUGGCAGCAGCCAUGUCAACUCUAGUAAUCCAACAUGGGACUGCUUAAUAUUAGUAAUUCUUUCUGA